AUGGCGAGCUCGGCGCUGAGACGAUCUCUUCCACGACGCCUGCUCACUUCCGACCCAUCAUCCGCCGCAGCCUCCUUGUUCCGCCGCUCCUUCCUGUCCGGAGAGGGCGCGGGCGAGAGUGCGGACGACUUUGAGAAACGUCUGUUUGAGUCAGAUGACAAGUCAUUCUUCGGGAAGCUCGAUGGGAUUGGGAGCUCCUUUGGUAGACACGGCACGGGCUCUGGAAUGGGACACGGCACGGGCUCUGGAAUGGGUGCUUUUGGUCGGCCCGAGUUUGGUCAGGGGAGUAGCAAUGGUGGGUUCAUGGACGGUUUCGAUUCCUUAAACGAUGGCAUGAACGAGAAGUUGGACGACGCGGCCCGCACCUUUCAUAUGACGGAGGAGGUUGAUGAUGAUGACUACGAUUUCAGGCCGGAUGUGAAUUACAGGCGUGGCUCGACUUACAAUGUCCGGGAUCUUGACCUUACAAGACCUGCAGCCCCAAGGAAUCCUCCAAGACCUCAGUUUGAAACAUCUACAAAGGAAGUUUUAAGGAAAGCUGAUUUUAGGAAUGUUAGAUUCCUCUCCAACUUUCUUACAGAAGCUGGCAUUAUCAUCAAGAGGAGUCAGACCAAGAUAAGCGCGAAAGCUCAGCGCAAGGUUGCGAGGGAGAUUAAGACAGCGCGUGCACUGGGACUGAUGCCUUUCACGACGAUGGGCAAGAGGCCUUUCAUGUUUGGCAGAAGCGCGGAGGAGGAUGCUUCAGAGGAGGAGUAUGGGUACGACUUCGUCGAGAAGGAUGCUGGGCCUGAAGAUGCCGUUGCCGAAUCCGUACCCGAUGUGGAGACUGUGUAA